CACUCUGUAGCUAGCGAAUGCCAGUACAACUUGGUAGUGGUCACGCACCGAUUAAAAGAUAUGCCGUUGUCGACGGAAAUAACAAUGAGUACAGUACAUACAGUAUGUCACAGAAGAAUGGUGUCAACCGCUUCGGGUCAUUAGGUUACUUUAGCGCAGAGACGUGGCAUGGUAACUGCAAAGAAACUCUCGUGACCGAGCGUAAAAGGAAACAUGCUGAUUGGAUUAGGCUAUUAAAAGCAUCGUUUCAAAAAUAUCAGUGUGUUGGUUCCGUUAUCCGCUAGGCACUCAAAGAAACUAUUGUUUUCGAGCAUAGUUAUAGUUCAAUUUGUUAUUUCAUUGUUACCAUUCCAAAUUGUCCUCUGUAACAAAGCGAGAAGAAUACAUGCAUGUAUAAAUGGCACAAUAUCUAGUCCACAGUAAUUAAUACUAAUUUUUGAAACAUUUAUGUAAAGUCACCAGCAUGCAACACGACUCAUAUUUGUACCUUUUGACACUUUUUCCAGGGAGUUGGUCUGACAUUAUACACGUGGGUGUAAUUUUACGCCUAUCACCGCAAACAUUCGCACAAAUAGUAAUACAAAUAUUGUGUGAAACGAGACUGGAAAAGUGAACAGCAAUAUAAACAAACACUUCUGUAGUUAAACAAAGAACUUCACACUGCUGUGUCGUGUUUAACGUGCAGUGGCGUAAUCGUAUAUAUUUUUAGAAGACAAAACGUGUUGCGCAAUUUGCUCGAUUAAAGAACACGUUAGCGGACCGUUAUCUAACUUAACAGAACGUUUUCAGACUCUAUUGACUCCGAGAACCCGGCUUGUGGCAACCUGCUACCAGUCUAUUAAGUUUAUUGUAAAAUUAAAAUGCGUUUCAGGACCUGAUCGGUAGUAAAAAGGCAGUGCAAACAGAAAGUCGCUUGCAUCGGCAAAGAGAACAUGUGAAGGGAUUAUAAGCUUAAGGCGCGGUUCGAAGGGUAUACAAAUGCUCUCAGUCCAGCCAGACACCAAGCCGAAAGGUUGUGCUGGCUGCAACCGCAAGAUCAAAGACCGUUAUCUCCUUAAGGCCCUUGACAAGUACUGGCAUGAGGACUGUUUAAAGUGUGCCUGCUGUGAUUGCCGUCUGGGCGAAGUGGGCUCGACUCUCUAUACCAAAGCUAACCUUAUCCUUUGUCGUCGGGAUUACCUAAGGUUAUUUGGUGUCACAGGAAAUUGUGCAGCCUGCAGUAAGCUCAUUCCUGCCUUUGAGAUGGUGAUGCGAGCCAAGGACAAUGUUUACCACCUGGACUGUUUUGCCUGCCAGCUUUGUAACCAGAGGUUUUGUGUUGGGGACAAAUUUUUCCUGAAGAACAACAUGAUCCUGUGUCAGACAGACUAUGAAGAGGGUUUAAUGAAAGAAGGCUAUGCACCUCAAGUUCGCUGAAUCUUACUCGGG